UGGUGCAUUUAUGGUUUGAGUGAAUUCCUUAACCCCAACACUCCAGUUCCAAGGGAUCCAACACUCUUCUGGACCUUCAGGUACCUGUAGUCACAUACUCACACACAGACACCCAUAUAAAGAUAAUUUUAAAAUAAGUAUUAUGAAAACAACCAGUUUCUUAUUUUCUCUUUGGAGUUAAUUGAGGGUAAAUUGAACAUUCUAGCUUGGGCUUUCCUGCUUAUUCAGUCCGAGUGGAAUGUGGAGCCUGUGGAGAUUUUAAUGUUGGAAGAAUAAACGUGAGAUUUAAGAGGCUGAUGCUUCUUGUGUUGACUGGCAUAAAAUGAAGAAAGAUAAGGUACUAUACAGAGAUAAGAAAAUGCCAGAAAAGUAAUAAGACUGUUAUAAAGAACACUGUAGUCAUCAAGGGUUCCCUCUUGGUGUCUGUAAGAGAGAUUAGGCAUAACCUAUUAGUCCUGAGUUUGUUAACCCCAACUGACAAAGCUAAGGUGGUCCAGAAAUCACCCCUUACCCCACACAAGUCGUCUAUUAUAUACUUUACGUCAGAAAAGACUGUAGAAGUGCUGGGGACUUGGAGGUUUUAGCCCAGUGCACAGGAAUGAGCUUGCUUAUUUCUUUUCGAAACUAGAAGUUUUCUAAAUAAUUAUUUUCCUACACUGUAGCCUCUCCCAGCCUUGAGCAGGCUGGCUCAGACCUGUUCUGCCACUGUGAACCAGACCACCUAGGGUGGAGUCUUCGGACCUAGAUAGGUCUAUUUGUUCUGCCACUGCACUCUUCUCCAAGACAAGGCUACGCGCAGAGAGGCUGAACCUGUUUGCCUGAGACAUUCCUGAGAUAAGCUGACAACCUGGCGACCGACCGAGUGCUAACGACUCUGGCAGACCAAGUGCUGACAGGCUGGCGACAAACCUUCAAAGCCUGAUGUGGCAGGAGAUGGCAGGAAGAAGAUCUGUUUAUCUCACCUUCCCCCUUUGUCAAAGUUUCUUUGCUGAAGCUGCCUUGAGCCUUUCUGCAUUGGCCUGUGAGGCAGUCCAGGAGUUUAUGAAAACAGCAUCGAAUCAAGACUCGGGGCAUUCAUCUCCUGAACCUCAUCAGACUCUGAUCCAGUUCUUGAAUGACUUUGGACACCCAGAUGUUUCAGAAUGCACACUCUGGAAGCCAAUGGCUACUUCCACCACUGACAAUUCUGCUGCUGUUUGCUUUUGCAGACAGGCAGAGUGCAGCUCUUCCGAAGGCUGUGGUGAAACUGGACCCCCCAUGGAUCCAGGUGCUCAAGGAAGACAUGGUGACACUGAUGUGCGAAGGGACCCACAACCCUGGGAACUCUUCUACUCAGUGGUUCCACAACUGGAGUUCCAUCCGGAGCCAGGUCCAAUCCAGCUACACGUUUAAGGCCACAGUCAAUGACAGUGGAGAAUAUCGGUGUCAAAUGGAGCAGACCCGCCUCAGCGACCCUGUAGAUCUGGGAGUGAUUUCUGACUGGCUGCUGCUCCAGACCCCUCAGCGGGUGUUUCUGGAAGGGGAAACCAUCACGCUAAGGUGCCAUAGCUGGAGGAACAAACUACUGAACAGGAUCUCGUUCUUCCAUAAUGAAAAAUCCGUGAGGUAUCAUCACUACAAAAGUAAUUUCUCUAUCCCAAAAGCCAACCACAGUCACAGUGGGGACUACUACUGCAAAGGAAGUCUAGGAAGUACACAGCACCAGUCCAAGCCUGUCACCAUCACUGUCCAAGACCCAGCAACUACAUCCUCCAUCUCUCUAGUCUGGUACCACACUGCUUUCUCCCUAGUGAUGUGCCUCCUGUUUGCAGUGGACACGGGCCUUUAUUUCUAUGUACGGAGAAAUCUUCAAACCCCGAGGGAUUACUGGAGGAAGUCCCUGUCAAUCAGAAAGCACCAGGCUCCUCAAGACAAGUGACACCCCAUCCAUCGUAUGGCAAAACAUCGGUGGCAGCAGCAACUUUUCAGCCACACAGCCUUCCUUUGAAAGCAACUUACAAGCAGGCCGGGAUGUUUGGUUCUUCAAUCACAACGACUUAGGAGGCUGAGGAAGGAGGAUCGCCAGUUCAAGGCCUGCCUGGGUCAUACAGAGAGAGUGAGUGCAAGUCUAGCCUGGAUAACCCAGUGAGAUCCUGGGUUUAGGCGGCUCAUCAGGAAAGAGAACCUAUUGCUAAUCUCACAAACAAGAUGCCUACUGCCCAUGUGGCCAAAGGAAAGAACAAGGUCCUGGAAGUUGUCCUCUGACCUCCACCAUCCACCAUGGCAGGUGCACACAAUAAAUUAAAAUGUCAUGUAUAUUUUUAAACAAGAGACAGGGGCAGGCUAAGGGUUGAUGGCAUAGCUGUUAUCCAGUACACAUAAUGCCCUGGGUUUGACCUCCUAUAAUAAAGCAAAAAAAAUCAACGGUG